UCGCUCAUAUGAACUGUGGAAAAUCCACACCAAAAGAGGCAAAGGUUGAUUGGCAUGAUCUUMUGCUGUUUYUCUCUCYGUAACAAUUUCUGCUAAAGAGAGAGAAGGAAAAGAAAAUGGGUAGGCUGUUUGUGGUAACUCUCGAGGGGAGCAUCUACAGUUGUAAGCAUUGCAAAACCCAUUUGGGCCUCUCCGAUGACAUCAUCUCUAAGGCUUUCCACAGUCGACAUGGAAAGGCUUAUCUCUUUGACAAGGUUGUGAAUGUGACUGUCGGAGAGAAAGAAGAGCGGAUGAUGAUAACUGGAAUGCAUACUGUUGUCGACAUAUUUUGUGUUGGAUGUGGUUCGAUUGUCGGGUGGAAAUAUGAGUCUGCACAUGAGAAGGGGCAAAAGUACAAGGAAGGGAAGUUUAUUCUUGAAAGAUACAAGUUUAGGAAAAGGUUACAGCAAAGUGGAUGAAAACCUUCACAUGCACGUCAUCAAAUGUUACGAGAUCAAAUAGACUACCGCUCAAAUGAGUAAAACAUAGGAAAUUUUUAAAGUUUAUUACAUUAAAUUGGAACUAAGACAAACUUCAUUGCAUUUAGGUUCAUUUCUCUAUUCUACCCUUUUGUCAAGAUUGAAAAAAGUCUACACUUCUUUGAAGAAUAAUUUUUUCUCGAUCAAUGUAACAAAAUUUCCUAUCUUGUACCUAUUUUGACCGUUAACCAGUUGAUCUUGUAACAUCUGAUGACGUGGAUAUAUGUUUACGAAAAGGUUAGACGAUAAACUUGGCACACACCUCAUCAAAUAGGUUAUUGUUCAGAAUGAAUAAAAGAUAGGAAAUUUCGAAACUUUGUUACACUAAAUAAUGAGGAACAUAGGCAUCGUUGCAUUUCUGUAUUCUACCAUUUUGUGAAGAUUGAAAAGA